CCGUCGGCUCCGAAGUCGUUUCUGUAGCGAUUUCGUCGAUUGUAUUCUGAGAAAUCUGGCAUAUACCCCGAUGGAGCAGUAAUAUAUGCAAAACGUCUGAGGUACAAAGCAAGGUGAAGUUAUGGGACGCAGCCUAAGUGAUCUGAAACUGAUGGAAGCACUGAUUAUUGUAUUAAUAACAGACGCGUCUAUUCUCGAAGUGACUGGGGACCCACAUAGGCACCCGUCACUGCACUUUUCACGGUCCGAUGCACUCACGACUUUUCCUGCUUCAAUUUAUUCGCUGGCUGACUUUCUGUCGCGAACAGCGAUUGUAGAGACUGUGUUGGCAUACGUGAUGUGAGCGCUAGCCCCUAUUAUUAUAAAGUGUAACGUUCCACU